CAAACGUCAAAUUCAGCCGUUCGCGGUGUGAGUUAACCAUAUAGGAAAAAUGGCUCCUUCCUUCGCACAACUUCCUCCCGAGGAGGAAUUUGAUGAAGACGAGAUUGAUUACAGCGAUCUGCGAGAACAGUAUGACAUUAAACUGGACGAAGGUUUCGAUACAUUCGUGGUAAUCGAUGGACUACCGCGAGUGCCGCAGGAGAACGUGGAAAGAUUGAAGAACUUCGUGCUCAAGAAAUUGAGAAGCGCAGGGAAGGCAAAGGAAGAUGGGGUGUUCAUGCCAAUGGGUGAUAAUGGAGUCACCGAAGGCUUUGCCUUCAUCGAAUUUAACACUCCAAAAGAAGCGGCGGCAGUGGUGAAGCAGUUUGAUCGCACUCCACUUGACAAGAAGCACACGAUCAUGGUGAACAAGCUCACCGACAUUGAUCGCUAUGGGCGGGAGGGAAAGAUCGAUGAGAACUAUGUGGAGCCACAUAUUCCCGAGUUCGAGGAGAAGGAGCAUCUGCGAUGGUGGCUUGCGGACCCCGAAUGCCGCGAUCAAUUCGUUAUGUUUCGCGAUAACAACGUUGGAGUCUUCUGGAAUGAAGGAGCGGACCCGCCGGAGAUGAUAGUUGAUAGACAGCACUGGACUGAAAUGUUUGUGCAGUGGUCGCCUCUAGGCACAUAUCUACUCUCCAUGCACGCGCAGGGCAUACAAUUAUGGGGUGGUAAAAGCUGGAGUAGGCAAAAACGUUUCGCGCAUCCGGGCUGCAACCUUGUCGACUUUUCCCCGAACGAGAAGUAUGUCUGCACAUGGUCACACAGACCGAUCUCCGUUGACGAAAAUCAUCCCGUACUGUCACCCGAUGAUGACGGCAAUAACUACAUCAUCUGGGAUAUUGCUACCGGAAAGCCUUUGCGCUCAUUCAAGACUCUAGAUAUGCCGACUGUAGCUGAGGAUGAGGCUGGUCAGCCUAUCAAGAAGAAACUGCAAUGGCCAGCUUUCAAAUGGUCUGCCGACGACCACUACGUUGCGCGUAUGACGCCAGGGCAGUCGAUUUCUGUCUAUGAGCUACCUAGCAUGAGGCUAUUGGACAAACACUCCAUUAAGAUCGAUGGUAUUCAAGACUUCGAUUGGUGUCCCACAACGGUCAAGCGUGAUGGCGUGAAGACGUACGAGCAACUGUUCUGCUACUGGACCCCUGAAAUCGGCAGCAAUCCCGCAAAAGUCGGCCUGAUGAGCAUCCCCUCAAAGGAAAUUGUCCGGACCAGGAAUCUGUUUAACGUUUCUGACGCGAAGCUGCAUUGGCAGAGCGAGGGCCAGUAUCUCUGCGUCAAAGUCGAUAGGCACUCCAAGUCAAAGAAAUCGCUCGCCACAAACCUCGAAAUCUUUAGGCUGCAGGAAAAGAAUAUCCCUGUCGAAGUUGUAGACUCAAUUAAAGACACGGUGAUCAACUUUGCCUGGGAACCCAAGGGCGAUCGUUUCGUGCUGAUUACAGCUGGAGAACUCCCUGCAGGUGGCGCGGCCGUGCCUCCGAAGACAUCAGUCUCUUUCUUCUGCCCCGAGAAGGCCAAAGGGAAUACCGUUGGUAACUUCAAACACAUUCGCACUUUUGACAAGAAGAACAGCAAUGCGAUUUACUGGUCACCAAAGGGCAGAUUUGUGGUCGUGGCCACGGUUCACUCGCAGCAGAACUUCGAGCUCGAUUUUUGGGAUCUGGAUUACGAGGGAGAAAAAGAUGAAGCAUAUAAGGACCUUACGGCAAAUUUGAUGCUCAUGAAUACGGCAGAACAUUACGGUAUCACCGAUUUGGAGUGGGAUCCAACCGGUCGAUAUGUUGCCAGUGUUGCUUCGUUCUGGAAGCACCAGGCCGAAAAUGGUUAUCAUCUGUACGAUUUCAAGGGAACCUCCCUACGGGAGGAGCACAUUGACCGUUUCAAGCAACUCUCUUGGCGCCCACGUCCUCCAACCUUGCUUACCAAGGAGGAACAGAAGAAAGUGCGCAAGAAUCUUCGUGAAUGGUCUAAGAUCUUUGAUGAGCAAGACUUCAACAAGAAGAAUGCAGCCAACCGAGCUGUGGUCGAGCAUCGUAGACGGCUGCUUGAGGAGUGGAAGGCUUGGCGCGCACAAGUCAUGGAGGAGCUCAAGGAGGAUGCCGUGGAGAUUGGCGGAAUCGCCAGCGAGAAGCCAAAGGAGGGCGAGAGCCAGGAAGUUAUAGAAGAAGUGGUCGAGGAGGUCAUCGAGGAGACAGAGGAGGUUGUUGAAUAGAUCCUACCUACAUGGAUUUGUUUACAGACUUAAUCUAUUUUGAAAGUUCGGUGGUGAGAAGCAUGCACUGGGGCCUAUAGCACAAAUAGAAAAUCGUUCAAAACUGCAACAGGGGUCACAAAGUUAAAAGGAAAUCGGAUGAUGCAAAAUCAAACUUUAACCUCGUAUAGAUUAUCUUAAGCCCUCCUUAAAGAGAUCACAUAGUGAUCUCAGCAUUUAAUUGUUUUUACGAGCG